UCCGGCCAUUUUUGCAUUUGAACGUGAGAAAAGGUCAUAAGCUGAAAAUAGAAACGUGUGCAUAGGCACAAACAGCAAGAAAAAUCAAAUACCGAAACAUGGAUCCUUCCCUGCUCAAGGAUUUAAAAGAUUUCAAGGCAAGAAGUAUAAAACAGCCGACUGUUGAAUCGAAAAAGUCAAAACCAACAAGUAACGAACCAAGAUCAAAACCAAAAGUUCCUAAGAGCAGCUAUCUUCCAAAGGAGCUGUUACAACCAAAGAAACCAACAGCUCCUUCUACUGACUACAAAACGCAUCCUUUUCGAAGCAAACAUAAAUUUGCCGUGCUUGCAGCUAUAGUGGACUUCAUGAAGAAGCGCCAUCUUCAACGAGAGUUCGAUCCUCUGAGUUUAGAUGAAAUCCUCGACCAAAUUAAAUACACGGAUAUCAGCCAGAGCGACAAAGCUUGGCUGGGGAAUGAGGCGCUGAAAGAAAACUCUAAACUCGUUCACAGGGACGGUAAAUUUGUGUUCAACCCGAAAUAUCACAUUAAGGACAAGAGGCAACUGCUGAAGUUACUAGAGCGACACGAAGAGUCCGGCCUUGGUGGAAUACUUCUUGACGAUAUCAGGGAAAGUUUACCCGACGCAGACGAAGUGGUCAAAUCAGUCGGCCGUCGAAUCACGUUUAUAACUCGCUCUACAGACAAGAAAGUUAUUCUGUUCUUUAAAAAUGAACAAUAUCAGCUUGCAGUGGAUGAAGAAUUCCAGAAGCACUGGCGAGGAGUGUCUGUGGAUGGGAUCGGGGAAAACGACAUUGAAAAGUAUUUGAUAAAUGCUGGGAUCUCGACAAUGCAAGACUCUGGGAUUAGAAAGCCAAAGCAGACCCAGCAGCGAAGAAAACCAAACAGAAAACGAAAUUUCAAGAAACUGAACACGCAUUUAGAUGAGAGCACCUUAAAGGACUAUUCGGAGGGCUGACUAUAUAAAAAGAUGUUUCAACUACAAAUUAGUGUAGAUAAAAUUUGUAUAAAUUACUUGUAAGAACGAUCAUUGUAUUCAAUUAAGCACCAGUUAACGUUGGCCAAGGCACUGGCUGACACACUUUUGACAGACUACAAAUGCAUCAGCUGCAGACCAAGACAUGGGCUGACUAACAUACUACUGACACCUUAGCCAACAUAAUACGAUGCGUUGGCUGACACACUACUGCCAAAUUGGCCCGCAUGCCUUUUUUGACUAUUACAAUAAUUGCAACUCUUCCCUCCCUUGUUGCAGACCAGCAGGGCUAGCAAAGUCAUUUCAAAGCCAUGUUCUUUUAUAAAGGAUGCAUAGAAUGCCCCUGUAAUGCAAGGUCAACAUCUACAAAGGCAGUUUCUCUCGUAGCUUGUGUGGCAACAAACCGGUGAGACAAAUUGCACAAGAUGUUGCCUAGCAAAAAUGUACAUGUAGUCUGAAUAGGGCAUCGUGAAACCUCUCUUGCAGCUUGUCUACCUUACCCUUCAUUGACCCUUUAGUUUUGCUUGCAUCCAUUCUACAUUUACUGGACAGUUAACACCUCUGCUUUCUCUCCUCUGGUACAGCUGUAGGUCAUAAUGGUACACAGUUUCUUGCUCUGUUGACACCUUAUGAUCCUGCUGUUGUAUAUUCAGGUUCUUCCUGAGUAACAUGCAAUAGCAAGUUGGAGAAUUUCCAUUGAAACAAGUUAAUUUAAAGUACUGAAAGAGACUACUAUGCACUAGGAACACCCACAGACAGAAAUGUUUGAAUGGCAAACAAAAUAAACACAAUUAAUGGUCACUGGACAUCCUUACAAUACUUCAUACAAUGUUUUGUUUGUUCAUUUGUUCAAAAACAAAAAGCUUUGGAAGGGCAGUUUUGGAAGCUUUUGAGGUGUUGCAUGUCUACUGUAGAAUAAUGUAAUGGAAAUAAAAUGUUGGUAGUAAUGCUCUA